AUGCAGCAUAUGUUUCCAGGUUGUUAUAUCCACAGUCUGCGGCACAGCGGCGCUGCACCACCCCUCCUGACUGUAGGACUGUCCUCCACCCCCAACACCACCCCCAAAAGCAACCUGAUACCGGAGACGAGCGGUCCAGACAAGCCUGUAAACGAGGCGUUCCCCGCCGCCCUGCCUGUCUGUCUGCCCAGCGGAGCUCCAGACCGUAAAUGCCAAACGCUACUGACUGCCUAGGGGAAGAUCCGAGCCAGAGAUAUCCAACCCCUAACCCCGUCGUCUGCCACAUCGGGAGUACGGAUCUCCGUCUAUCGCAACCCAGAAGAAGAUCACUGUUGGCGCCGUUGACUUGUGACUGAUCCCCCCACCCCCCCUACAACGAUCGGGACCCGUAGAACUAACUGGCUAGCUGUUAGGCUAACAUCGGUUAGCGUCGAUUGCAGUCAGCUUGCAACCUAACCGAGCUAAUUGGCUAACGUUUAAAUGCCAAAUGUUCACCUCUCUUGCGAAAGGGUGGACUAUUUUUUUUAAAACGUACAACUGAGAAUGGCCUGUACGUACUAAUUUUAGUUGUGCAUCGGUUCUUUUUGCGAUAUUUACCUUCUUUGCCUAAGUUUUCUAGUACCAGACAGUAGCCCUAGGCAGCUAGCAUGUCAGCUAGCAGAUAUGGACGUUGUUGGCUGGCUCGUUGCAGAUGGCAGAUCAGUCAAACAAGUUAGCUUCUCGGUGUAUCUGUCCGGGCUGUGCGGGAGUCGAUAGCAGGACCAACUUUUAUUGACAUUACAUUUUAGUUAUCAAAUCACGACAAUCGACUCCAACACGACUUUGCCUCUUUUUUGGAUCAUUUUUCGAUGUGUUGUUCCAUGACUGAGAGAUCAGUUCCAGUUAUUGACCUGACGUGAGGAGAAGAGUGUGAAAACAAAAAUAAGAGGAGCAGAAAAAGUAUAACGAGACUUGAAGGAGCAGCAACUACGAGACUACACUGUCAUGGCUGUGAGCCGAAUCACGAUGAAAUCACUCGCUAAAUAUGGGUUUUGCCUGACGAUUCUCCUGACUUCUGUGGCUGCGGCGCAGGAAGAGGAGAGGGAGUGUGCCUUCACUGACCAGCAGCAGCAGUGGGAGACGGACCGGGUGGCCGGGAGCGAAGGUCGCGUCUCCCCAGAGAACACCACCAUCCGAUGUGCCAAGGGCAGCCAUUGCUUUGGUCUGUGGAAGAAAAGUCCUCCAGGCGAAGUGCGACUGGUCAAACAAGGUUGCUGGUCUUACCUGGAUGACCCCCUAGGUUGCCGUGACGACCGCUGCGUGGUGACCAACCUCCCUCCGCAAAUGCAGAAUGGGACGUACCUCUUCUGCUGCUGUGGCAGCGACAUGUGCAACGUCAACUUCACGGAGGACUUCCCUCCGCCCAGCCCCACCACGCCACAGCCCAUCU